AUGGUGGAAGGCGAACGAGAUGGACCUUUGCGUUCCUUCGCCAACAAAUUUGUAUGUUCCCAUGUAAACGUGGCCAAUAUAACAAGGGUGUGAAAUGUAAUAGAGGAUUAAAAGUCACCCAGUUACUGUGACAGGGGACGAGUGCAGGUUAGUGUUGGGGAGAAACAUUACAGAGCAUCAGAACAAAGCGGAUGUGUGGGGUGGAGCUCUGGUGGUGACCACAGAACGAGAGGAGGAAGGAAAGAGAAGGGUGACCAUCUGUGCCAGUGCGAGGCAGACGUGCGCGGGGAAGGAGUGUGUCCUGAGUGAGGGACGAUGAUGCUGGGAGCUGUGCUCUGUACCCUGGUCCUGUCAGCCUCGGCCUUCCGGCUCAGUAGGAAUGGCUGGACGAUGGAGACCCCCGAUACAGUGACCGGCAGGUUAGGGUCACCGGUCACCGUGUACUGCAAGUUCACUCACCCUCACCCCAGAUACACAGGGAACAUCACCAUCAUGUGGAAGGCAGGAAGGACUGGUCCUGUGUAUAUUAAAUAUACAAAUUAUGGGCCGGAUUCACAGCGAAAGUAUCAAAAUGUCAUUGAUGUAAACGAGGGAGAACGACACCGAGUGAUUGGGAACCCGAGGAGGAACGACGCAACAAUAGAGAUAAACCAACUGAGGGGAGAGGACAAUAAUAAGCUAUGGUCCUGUUGUGUGGAGCUCCAGGGUGAGGACGGAAAGUUUGAAACUGGACACGGAACCCGUCUAAUUGUUACAGGUCAUGAAGAGAAGCUCCGGUCAGUGACUGGUACCAAGGGAGGUGAUGCCACACUGCCCUGCUCCUUCACCAUCCCCAACACAUACCAGAAUCGUGCCACAGUCACAGUGCUUUGGAGGAGAGGGAGUCCACAUGGGCAGCUGGUGUUUAAUUACACUCUUGGCCUCACCGCCCACACCAACUCCAGGGAGUCAGAGACAGUGAAUGAAGGAAAUCGCUACAAGCUGGUCAGGAAUGUGGGAGAUGGAGACGCUUCCCUGAAGAUCAGGGGCCUGGAGUUAAACGACACCGGACGGUAUUUCUGUCACGUACACGUCAUGUUUUUUGUGGACCAGGUGACACAGGACAUGUCACGGCUGCAGGUUGUUGCUCCGGCCGUCAUCCUGAGUCUGUCCCUCGUGGCCGGAGGUGACAUUGUGUGCUCGGCUGAGGGGGAACCACCGGCCAACAUCACAUGGAUCGACCCCGAGCAUAACACGCUGCCCAUUAACACCAACCACACGCCAGUCACACAUGUACCGGACAAGCAUCAAACCGUGGGGGAGAUCCGGGGCCCGAGGCUGAGGGGAACUUACCGCUGUGUAGCUGAGAACACACAGGGCAGGGACUCCCGAGACAUCCUCGCACCUGGACCACAGAGUGAUGGCAGCUUCAUCACUGUGAUGCUGUGGCUGAUGCCAGCAGCUAAAUGUCUCUUUCUGUUGGUGAUCGGGAUCGUUCUCCUCUGUAAAACACAAGAUUCAAGGCGUCUCCAUCCUGAGGCCAAGAAAAGAAGGAGCUCUGUAUAGUUCCCGCUCUCUCACCUGUGCCUGUCUCCAGUGGCCAUGAAAGUGUCUCAUACAAGAUCACAAGAGCUUCAAGUCAGGCAGAGCUUCUGAUGAUCGAGACCUUUUGGCCUAUAAGAUCUCAUCCUUGCAAUAAGCGCCAGCCUGCAGUCCUCCCAUUAUAGCAUUGAGCUGCUUCGACGACGUUCACAGUCACCUCCUCUGUCCCCCCGG